GAGCUAAACCAUACACCUUUGUGUCAGAAACAUGAUAAACUCGUCUGUUUACCAGCUCACAAAGUUGGCGAAUGACUAACUAUGAAACACAAGCCGACGACACAGCGUUAGUUUAUUUUAAGGUAGCGUAGGAAUAGUUUUGGAUUGUUUUGGCAUCGAGCCCCAGGAAGUGUGCCGGACAUUGAAGCACAAUUUGUUAGUGUCCAAACGGUAGUACUACAACUUCCGUGUCCAUACGUGACGUCUACCUAGCACGAGCACUUUCAUAUAACAUAUUUAAAUCAGGGUAUAAAAGUUGUAAAAUGCGCUAAAAGCUUAUUUUCCUCGGCAUUAAUUUGACUGAACCGAGAGCGGGAGAUCGGAGGCGGAGCUUAAUAGAAAUGCAAGUGCGCGUGCUCUAUGGGCCAACAUACGGGUACUUGUGCUCUCGAGAGGCAGGGCAUGUUGGCUUCAUGCGCCACUGAGCAACUCUCAUAGGAAUGAACGGGUCCUGCCUCCAACGCUGUAUCCAGUUCUCUUUAUACAUCCAUGGUUGGCACUUAGCACUAGCAGUUACGGCUAACUUUAGGUUAGCAACAUCAGCUAGCUUAUUUUAAAUCUGAACACGCAUUCACGUUUACAUAGGUAGCUAUUACCUGUGUUAUGUUUCCUGGCAGUUAAAGUUAGAUAACAUUUACAGAGAGUUGGGAAGUUUAAUUAACUCCCUUCAAAAAAAAAAAAAAUCAUGGCGUCGCUGCGGUUCAGUUCAUUUGCAGAGGAGCAGUUCUGACUUUGGGCUGUCAACAAGCGAGCUGACCCUAGCUAACCAGCUAGCUGUCCUGCUAACAUGGCCCACAUAGAAAACGGCCGGCAAUCCUUCGACACAAUGAGUAUCCGCACUAUUAGCAGCAGUCGUAUGGACGAUGAAAGCUCUCUGGGAUCGGAUUCAGAGAUCAAUGGAUUCACCAGCGACAGACAGACCGACAAAUAUGGAUUCAUUGGUGGGGCACAGCAGACAGACGGCUCAGCGCAAGAUUUGCCUCCACAGGUGCUCCGGCAAAGGGAGGUGAAGUGGCUUGACAUGCUCAGCCACUGGGACAAGUGGAUGAUCAAGAGAUUCAAUAAGGUAAGACUGCGGUGCCAGAAAGGAAUUCCUCCUGCCCUCAGAGGUCGUGCAUGGCUCUACCUGUCGGGGGGGAAGGUGAAGAAGGAGCAGAACCACGGAAAGUUUCAGGAGUUGGAUAGCCAGCCUGGAGACCCUAAAUGGGUAGAUGUGAUUGAGAAAGACCUCCAUCGACAGUUUCCUUUCCAUGAGAUGUUUGUGUCUCGUGGAGGACACGGGCAGCAGGACCUGUUCCGUGUUCUUAAGGCCUACACUCUGUACCGACCAGAGGAGGGAUACUGCCAGGCUCAGGCUCCCAUCGCUGCUGUUCUGCUUAUGCACAUGCCUGCCGAGGAUGCCUUCUGGGGACUGGUCCAAAUUUGUGAGAAGUACCUUCCUGGCUACUACAGUCCAGGCCUGGAAGCGAUACAGUUGGAUGGAGAGAUCCUGUUUGCUCUGCUGCGACGUGUCUCCCCGCUAGCUUACCGCCAUCUGGAGAAACACAAGAUCGACCCCAUCCUCUACAUGACUGAGUGGUUCAUGUGUGCCUUCUCCAGGACGCUGCCCUGGGCCUCGGUGCUGCGUGUCUGGGACAUGUUCCUCUGUGACGGAGUGAAGAUAAUCUUUCGUGUGGGUUUGGUGCUGCUGAAGUGCAUGCUGGGAACCCGGGAGAAGCUGAAAGCCUACCAGGGACAGUAUGAGACCAUGGAGCUCCUCAGGGCCAUAGAGCCUCGAUACAUGCAGGAAGGCUUCCUGGUCCGAGAGAUUCUAGAGGUGCCAGUGACAGCGCGGGAUGUGGAAAGGGAGAAUUACACCCAGCUGAAGCGCUGGAAGAAGAACCGCGGAGAGCUGAAUUUUAAAUCCCCCCCCAGGUUGCACGGUGCCCGGAUCAUCAUGUUGGCCGAGCCUCCGAGGCGCCAGGACCUGCAGCAGAACCCCACCAUCGUACUGGAUGUGCCUGAGCCCGCCCCGCAGCUGAAGAAGGGAAAGGAGGAAAAGAAAAGCAUGAAGAAGAGGAGAAGCAUAAAGAAGUCCCUGCCCAUCCUGAAUAUCCCGAAUCCUUACUCUCUUCCCAGUGACCCUCCUCCUCCACCAGCCUCAGAUCCACCCGCUCCACCUCCAGUCAUCAUCGAGACGCCAGAGACAGUGCCACAGACUGUGCCACAGACUGUGCCACAGACUGUGCCACAGACUGUGCUGGAAACUGUGCCGGAGACUGUGCCACAGACUGUGCCGGAAACUGUGCCGGAGACUGUGCCGGAGACUGUGCCGGAAACUGUGCCGGAAACUGUGCCAGAAACUGUGCCGGAGACUGUGCCGGAAACUGUGCCGGAGACUGUUCCGGAGACUGUGCCAGAAACUGUUCCACAGACGGUGCCAGAGACUGAAACUGACCCCCUUCAGCAUCAGGAAGCGCCUCCUACAGAUGUUCCCCCUGCCAAAGAAACUCCACUUCAGCGAUCCACACAAAGCCUUAGCAGCACAGAUCAGGACACAUACCUGUAGAUCCACAGAAGUGUGUGUUUGUGUGUGUGGAAGCACCAGCACGCUUCAGCCAACAACCAGCCAGCCUUGCCAAGGUUUAUUAUUCUAAUGUUGGACUGUUAGUUAUCAUUUAUUCAUUUUAGACACCAUUUUGCCUAUGAUAUUAUUGAUAUACACUAAAGCGGCAUUGCUAGGUGUAAAACUACUUUAUUGCUUACGCUGUACAUGAAGCUGAUGUUACCUGUAGGGCUGCAACUAACAUUUUUUUUUUGUAAUCAAUUAAUGUGCAGAUUAUUUCAAGAUUAAAGGAUUCAUUGUUUGGAGUCCAAAAUGUCAGAAAUGUUGUAGUUUCUCAAAAUCCAGAAGAAAUGACUUGCUUUUUCGGUCCAAAACCCAGAGACAUCCAGUUUAAUUUUCAAUUUAGAAAAGAGAAAGGAAAUAUCCAUGUUUGAGAGGCUGCAAAACUACAUUUUCUGACAUUUUUACAUCAAAAACAUCUAGACGAUUAAUCGAUUUGCAAUUAAAUGGGAAAUGAUUUUUCUGUCGAUCAGCUAAUCGACUUGUCUAAUAAGUGUUGCAGCUCUAGUCCCUUCCUGUUCCCCGAUUCAUGAUGCUCUUAUUCAGUACAUAAGUCUUAGUUUUCUGUUUGUAAGGGAGACAUGUUACAGUUUUUGGGAGCAAAAUCAUUUCUUCAGAGAGAAAUGAAACUUAAAGAACUAUGUGUCACAGCGUAUGCAGUUUUUCGUACAUUUCCAUUCAAAUUCAACACUAUAGAGUUCAUGUGAGUGGAAGAACUCCAUGCUUUUCAUACGGGGAUUCGUCCACUAGAGAGCAGCCUGGCAGAGGUUUCAGCUGUUACAUUUCCUCUCAGUAAAGUACAUCACAGCAGGAGGAUGGGAUUUAUUUUUGGGAGGUAUUAUUCUAAGAUUGAGCUUCAUUCUGUUCUUUUUCAGUUUAGCAUGUGCUUGUGCAUUUCAUGUUUUUGGAUUGAAAUUCAUCUUCCUGAAUCUAUGGGUCACACCACACUGUGCAAAGUGUUUUCUUACAAGCGCUAUUUAUUUUACAAUCUAAACGUGAAGUGUGUUGUUUGUGCAUGCCUUGCUAUUGUCACUUUUUUAAGAGUUAGUUGGAUUGAUGUGGUUUAACUCCUAAUAUUCCCUGUGCCAGGCACUUCCAGCCACUUUAAAGGAGCAGCAAUUACUUUACUUUGGCAGCAGAGAGAUCACAGGACAUUCCUCGCUGUAUGACACAUUCCUUCUGCAUUGUUAAAAGCUUAUGAGUCCGAAAGCUGUCUCUUGCCAAAUGCAAAUGUCCAUAAUGUAUGAUUGUGUGCAUGUGUUUCCUGUGACAUCUUGGGACAGUGAGUGAGUGAAAAUCACCUAAUGGUGCUGACCCUUUCUCUUGGUCUGCUCAGAAAACCGAUUGGAGCAGAUUUAGCUAAUCUUGUAGUGUGGUUGAUCUUUUUUUGAUAUUAUUGCUAGAAUUUCCAAAGCAGAUCAAGACUGUUGUUUUGAAAUGACUCACGACUGCUACCUGUGACCAGGCAUAUUCUGUUACAUGCAAAAUAAGUGAUUUCUAAAUUUCUUUGGGAUAUUUGUAGCAUCUCAUUUUGGAGAACUGGGCCUAUUUCUUUGGGAAAUAUAUUGUUACAUGCAGGGGUUGUUUUUCAAAACAUAUUGAACAAUCUUUUUUGUGAGGGUCUAACUUUCGUCACAAGGGUAAAGGGAGUUUUGACAAGCAUGAGCACACGUGUAUGAUGUGUUUGCAUCUAUGAUUAAUAUAAAAAAGUGUCUGCCUAAAUGUGUUAUGUCAGUUCUAAAAAGCAAUGAUGUUUUAAUUGAUAACAGUUUUUCAAACAGCCCUGUAUGCAAUGUUUUUUUUGUAGUUGCUUAUAUUACACAACUCACAUUUCGCUGAUGUUUUAUUUUUUAUUUAAUCCUGUUGUGUAGAUAAGACAUGUAAAAUAACAAUUGUUUUGUAAGGAAAUCUAUUUUUCAAUGUGUAAUGCUAUAUUUUAUUGAGCAGUUCCAGAAACUACAGAGGAGACAUCAUCAAAUAAUUUGAAGUUCAAGACAAUAUAUAUAUAUUUUUAAACAUUUGUAACGGUAGAAGAAAAACAAUACUUUCAAGUUAACUUUUAGAGCAUGUCAGAUGUUUUUGUUGCUCUAAAUUAAGAUUGGUAUUGUUUUACAAUUAUUGUGCUACAUUUGGAUUAUAAAAGUGCGAUUAGACAACCCUAAAGUUUGCAUCAUCACAAGUUUUAAUCUUACAAAUAAAUGUUUGUUUAAAGCCAAA